AUGUCAACAAAAAGUAAGAUAGUUCGUCAAGUAUUUCCAAAGGAGGCAGACAUGUUGAUCUUCCACGUCACGUGAUGAAAAUCGGUGUGCUGUUACAUGACGUACGAUGUAUUUCCUUAUACCGUGACAGUUUUGGCUCCAGCGCUGCGAGAAUUGUAUUCAGAUUUUUCUUUCAUUUUUAUCGCUAUUUACUUGAAGACUACAAUGUCCCAGUCUGUUGAUCGCCUCAGACAGUUAGAAGAGAUCGAGAAGGUUCGUGGAAUCAGUCCCAUAGGAGAAACGUUUUUCCAUGUAAAGGCUUGAGUCUUCUUUAAUUCAUUACUUACUUCAUGUUAUUUCAUUUUAAGGAUAUCGUAAAAGUGAUCAGAAGCGCAGGAGAAACUUUAGAAGAGCUCUCUAAAGAGGCUCCUUCAGAGGACCGGAUCAACGCAACAGCCACAAAGUUUCUGAAAUCAUUAGAGGUACAUUGUACAACUUCUUUAAGCAUAUUCCAUUGGUGAAAGUUUGUACAAACUUUAUACCUUCUUUUUCUUUUCACCUAGUAAUCGUGCCACCUUAUUAAGGGUCAAUUGAGAGUACAUUAAAAUUAGCCAUUUUAGGUCGAUCGAAGCCUACCACAGUUUCUUCCCCUUUCUCUACCGCCCUCCCAACCCCGAAAGGUCAGUGGCCAUCUACCAAUAACAUGGUUUGAACUCCAGCAUUCUGCUGUGAGCUCCAGCUUACAAAUAUCUAUGUAAUAGCAAACCCUUAUAGAUCAAAGUUUUUAGAUGUAGAUGUAGGUAAUCAAUAACUUUCUAAUGCUGACCGUCUCGUCUCACUUUCAUAGUAUUUUAGCCUGUCAGUGAGGAGAAACAGUGGAAACGUCACAACGUCACCACUGGUUGCCCUGUGAAAUGACUUCUGAGGAACAAGUCCAGUAUCUCCAUACUGAUGCUGUUUCACUACCCAGAUCUGGGUGGUGCUUCUGACAGGGGUGUAACGAUUAAUCGAAAUCUUGGUUAAUCGCAAUUAUAACCAUUCAGUUCAGUUAACGGUUCUUUGUUUCCACAUUUCAAUUUGGUUCGAUUAUAGUAGAAAAGUGCCCUCAUAGCUUUAAAUACAACUACAAAAACCCUUAGUGUCAAAAUCUCUUGUAAAUUUUUUUGUCAAAUGAGCUAUUCUUUCAUAAAAUAACACUGUUAUAAAAUGCUUUUCUAAUUGGUGUUUUUGACUGAGGAGUGAAGGAGUUCACACGCCAUUUUGUGUUGCGUGGUUAAAAUUUUGCUUUUCUACCACCCCUUGAGUGUUUCCAUGUGUCUGCUCUUGUCAGUGUCACGUUCUCAAACAUGGCCGAACAAAGCCGUGCAGUUGAUGCCCCCUGGAAGUUUUCAAUCAUUUGUGUGGAAACAUUACAGCUUCUUUGUGAGUAAUGGUACAACAGAUUGGGUAAUCGAGUCAAAAUAUUCAAAAUCGAAAGACCAUAAUCAAAAUCGAAUCAAAAGGUAUAUGAAUUGUUACACCCCUAGCUUCUGAUUGAUUAAAGCAAAUUUCCAACCAAUCAGAAGGACUGGCCAGAUUUGGGUUGUUACACAUUAUCAGCAUGGAAUUUCUGCAUUCAUUCCUGCAGACCUUCCAACCCCUAGACCAUGCAAAUCUGGAGUGUUUGAAAGGAAGCCCCCAAAAAUCUCGAGAUUGGGACCUCAAACCUGGAGCUCUCCAAAUAAUAUGUCAAAUAAAACCAAAAAAAUGAAGAUUAUUUUUGUCAUAGUAUUCUUUACCCUAUAGCUAUUAGAUAUGAUUUACUCCACUCACUUUUAAAAGUUAUAGGUUAAUUGGCUGUUCCAGCCGUGGAUUUUCUUUUCUUUGGAAGCUGAGGCCUUGAAUUCUCAGAGUCAGUUUCAGAUUCUGUUUCACUAUCCACAUUGAUAGGAUGUUUGAGUUUGCUAUAAGGCUUUUCCACACACCGUAGAUAACCUAUGUUUCACACAACACAGGAAUGAGGUUUGAAUUGGAUCCAGUUUUGAAUCACAACAUUCAUACCGGAAUUGUUUGGCAAUUUAAAGAUUUUUCAAUUCACCAUGAGGUUUGGGGCUAAAUCAUGAGAUUUUUAGACCGUGAGUCGACAGCCCAAGUCUGAUCCUAAGAUGUCAUUUAAACCAGUGGUGGUGUUGCAGAAGGUUGGCUGUUUUGUCAAGUUUAUAUCUUUCAAUCCCAGAACAGUCCUACAGUCCUGUGAAUAUGUGACGCCAGCAUAAGAAACUGUCAUAGUACAAUCUUCCAAUAAUGUUACAAGUAUGUCAUGAAGUUGAGUUCCACUUUAAGGGUGUUGUAUAUUUCUGGUGGCUUGCUCUUUUUAUCUUUUGGAGAAUAACUACUUGUAAUUUAAAAAGACUCGCAUCUUUGUAGGGUGUAGAGAAAGGUCUGAGUGAACAAAUUGGAUACCUGACACAAGUCGCUACCGGUCAGCCACAUGAAGGAUCAACAUAUGGUGCUGAAAAGGUAUUUGAAGUUUUACAGAGAUGUCCAUCUUUAAUUUGAAGUGUCUGUUAAGAAAGAGUCAACUGUAGACCUCAUCAUAAGGUUCCUGAAGUUAUUAGCAACUUUUAGUGACAUGGAUAGCUUUCAAUACUGAAUAUUGAAAAACUUGCCAAACUUGAGAAAAUAUUUCAGCCUGUACUUGGUCUUCUCAGAGCUUUUCUACAGUAUUUUGAUUUUGUAUGAAAGGAAUGCAUAUUUUACUCAGGGAUUAUUAGCCAAUCACAAGGUAUUUCUUGAGACAACAAUAAGUUCUACUAAGGUGACAUAUAUUUGCUUUUUCGGUGACACAUAGUACGUUCCUUUGUGAAGUAGUGACAGUGAUUAAUCUAACAAUGCCCUUUAUUUUUUUCUCCUUGCAGGAUUUUGAGCUGUUACGCUGUAGGACAAAGUCAGUUAAAAAUCAGUUGGUAGCUAUACGUGACCAAGGGACAAAUACAGCAUCACAAAGUUAAUGAUUUUAUAAACAGUCCACUUGGCAAAACACAAUGAGCAGAGCAAGGAAUAUAUUUAAAUCCCUUGAAAUAUGAAGAGCAAAUCUUGUUGCAUCUCUGUUUCAAGAUCUCACAGAGACUAAUGAUGGCAAAUUGCAUUGCAAGCAAUUGUUCCUUGGACCUUUUCAGUGCCUUGCUUCAAUUUUGAGAAUCAAAAGAUGUGGCUGCAAGUCUCAAUGUGUGACGUUAUUGUUUGUGCCACAGCUAUCAUAAUGAACUAAGGAUGCAAGGAUGCAUGGCGGCUAUGUGGUUAAGGAGAUCUAAGGUUCAGAUCCAACUUUGAUUCUUAGCUUAAUUUUAUUCAAAGUGCACCCAAGUUUGGUGACAUAUUGGGCUUGAAAAAUGGAACACAGGGACUAUAAUUGGACUAAUUAUUUGGUAUUAAGAAAAACAUUAUAAUUAACGAUUAUACCACGAGUGUGUCAGUGUUGGAUAUGAUAUGGUAGAUAGCCAAUGAGACGCUUAGUGCCGAGUUGGCUUAAUCGACAUUGUUAUAUUAAAAACGCCCACAUAAUAUUGAAAAUUCAUUAUUCUUCCCCACUUUAAUAAAUAAUAAAUAUUUGUAAAAACAACCGAUCUUCAGCUUGUUUUUACUUUUGAGCAGACACCUAGAGUUACCAUAUUUGGAGA